ACAUAGCUGUUAUAAGUGGUAGUUGAGCUCGGAAGACGCAUCCAUUUCAGUCACAGGGGUGUUGAUGUGACCAGCGCGUCUCAGAGCAGCACUUCUGCGCCAUGACCGAGCGGGAUAUCACCGCUUUCACACUCCUACCGACGACCACCGAGCAGAAAGAACCCAAACAUAACUCUCUGCAAAAACUUUACUGCAGGAAUGGAGGAUACCAUCUCCGGAUCCAACCUAACGGGACUGUGGACGCGAGUCGACAAGAGAACGACGUCUACACUCUUUUAAAGGUAAAAGCAGUGAAAGCAGGAUUAGUGGCCAUUCGGGGUCAUGAGACUGGACUAUACCUGGCAAUGGACAAAUAUGGAAAACUUUAUGGCACUGUCAUGUUGAACGAUGAGUGUUACUUCAUUGAGAAGAUCGAGGAGAACCACUACAACACAUACCGCUCACAGAGGUAUCAGGAGAACGGGGACUGGUACGUGGGGAUCAAAAAGAAUGGAUGGGCAAAAAACGGCUCCAAAACACACAGGGGCCAAAAUGCAAUCUACUUCCUGCCAAUUCCGGUGGAUGGCAGCAUACAGUAACUUGUGUGUUGAUCAGAGGCCCUUAAAACAACUCAAGCUCUCUAAAUACAAAGACGAUGCUUAAUUAGCCGUUACUUUUAUGUAUGUGUGUGUGUGUUUGCAGGUGAGUGUGUGUGUGUGUGUGUGUAUAGGGAGAUAGAGAGUCUUUUGUCAGUAAAUGUGAAUGUAAAGAAAGAUUUUUUUAAAAAGAUUGCUAUUGUAUUGUUACAAAUACAAUUAUUUUGAUAUAGCCUUUGAAUUUUUUUAUUAAAAAAAAUUAUACUGCAUAUAAAGGCUACUGCAUAAGUACACAUAUACUGUAUAUUUAGGCUGUAUGUAAGGACUGAAAUAUAUCUCAAAUAGCCUAGCUUCACUGUGAAAAUACUGUGAAAAAGUACUUUUAGUAGGGCAAAAAUACAUUAUUUUAACCAUUUAACAUCAAAUAAAAGCCAAUAAAACUGAUGGUUCUGUUCAAAACACAUUCGAAUCAAAUGAGUUUAUCGUUUAUUAUUAUUGUGAACUCCAAAAUAUAUCCUCAAUAGCUGUGAAGUCACAUAUUUCAAAUCUUUAAAAUACAUAAUCAAAACAUGUUCUUUCAAUAUGCAUUUUUUGAAUUAUUAUUAAUAUAUAUAUUUAUGUUAUUUUAUUUUUUUCAACUCAGACCUGUUGAGGACUCCUUUUGAAGAGUUUUUGCCAUGUAUACCAAAGUUAUUAUAAUAACAGCACAUUUUUUGGAAUUUUGCUCAAUAUUUCUGCGUUGUGCAUCCCACCUUACUGUGUUUUUGGCUUGUUUCCACCAGUACUUAGAACAUGUGUUUAGCAGGAGUAGGAGAAUACAGAACAACCCAAGGGAAACAAAAGAACUUUUCUUUGGCCCGGUGUAAUGUUGAACACAAUACUGAGUUAAACAAUUAAACAAGAUCCACCUAAUGAGCUCUUUGAGACGGAUAAACCUCCAGUACUGCUUCUUACAUUAUUAUCAGUCAUGCUAGGUCCCAUGUUAUCAAACAGUGUUAUUUUAACAUUAUUUAUACACUAUCAUUGUAUUUAUGAAUAUUUUGAAAAAUAUUCUAAUAAAUUUGUAUUAAUUUUGCUAUGUGUGUCAUUU